AUGUCUACCCCAUUCGAAAAUCUAUCUCCAAAUUUCAUCAUUUCUGCGGAUGAAACAUAUGCAACAUUAUCAACACCACCCGAAAAAUCUGAAAAUGAUGAUCGAGAAUAUCGAUUUAUUAUAUUAGCCAACGGAUUAGAAGUUUUGCUAAUUUCUGAUAGUGAAACUGACAAAAGUAGUGCUGCAAUAGAUGUUCAUGUUGGUCAGAUUUGUGAUCCGCCGAAUCUUCAAGGUCUUGCCCAUUUUUGUGAACAUUUGUUGUUUAUGGGAACUGAAAAGUAUUUAACAAAACAUAAUGGAUCAAGUAAUGCGUACACUGGCAUUGAUAAUACAAACUAUUAUUUUGAUGUUGGGCAUGAACAUUUGGAGGGGGCUUUAAACAGAUUUGCUCAAUUUUUUAUUUGUCCUCUAUUCAAUGAUGAUUGUACUGAUAGAGAAUUAAAAGCUGUUGACUCUGAAUAUAAACUUAAUAUUCAAGAAGAUGGAUGGAGGCAAUAUCAACUUGAAAAAUCUUUAUCGAAUCCAAAUAAUCCAUUUUCACAAUUCGGUAUAGGAAAUCUUGAAAGUUUAAAAGAUAUUCCUUCGAAAGCUGGGCUGAGUGUUAGAGAGGAAUUAUUAAAAUUUCAUGAUAGUUACUAUUCCGCUAAUUUAAUGAAAUUAGUUGUUUUAGGGAGAGAACCCUUAGAUACAUUGAAUCAAUGGGUUGUAGAAAAAUUCUCGAAUGUUAAAAAUAAGUCGGUUCCUAUACCAGUUCCUAGAGAUAGUUAUCCUAUUACUGAUGAUGAAAUAGGGAAUCUCAUCUCAUUGAAACCUGUUAAAGAUAAUCACUGUUUAGAAAUAACUUUUCCAUUUCCUGACCAAGAACCCCUUUAUAGAACCAAACCUGGAAGAUAUCUUGGUCAUUUGAUUGGACAUGAAGGUGUUGGAUCAGUUUUGUCGUUGUUAAAGAAGAAAGGAUGGGCAAACAAGUUGAGUUCUUAUAGAAGUCACCAAUAUGUUGGAUUUGAGGUGUUUAAAAUAUCGAUUGACCUUACUGAAGAAGGGCUAGCUCAUCAUGAGGAAAUAGUCGAGAUUUGUUUCCAAUAUAUUGAAAUGUUAAAACAAGAGGGUAUACAAGAGCGGGUUUUCCAUUUCAGAUUUCAAGAAAAAUAUUCUCCAGCUUACUAUGCUUCAGAGCUUGCUGUAUAUAUGCAACGUCCAUAUCCGCGUGAAUUGGUUUUAAGUGGUCCCCAUUUAAUUCGCGAAUAUAAUCCAGAACUUAUCAUGGAAGGAUUAAAUUAUUUGUGUUGGGAUAAAUGUAUUAUUACUUUAUCUAGUAAAUUACUAAAAGGACUUGAUAAAAAGGAAAGAUGGUUCGGUGUCGAAUAUAAGAUGGAACCGAUUAGCGAAAACCUUUCAAAGAAAAUUCAAAAUCCAAAACUUAAUCCUGAUCUUAAGAUCCAUCCGUCAAAUAUUUUUAUUCCUUCAAAUUUUGAAGUCAAUAAACUUACAAAUAUUACGGAUGAUACAUUUUGGAUACCUAAAGUUGAUGCGCUUUUUUUAAUAAGAAGCCCAAUAACUCAUUCUACACCUCUAAAUUCUGUAAAAACUCGAUUAUACGUUGAUCUUGUAGUUGACGCAUUUACAGAAUAUGCAUAUGAUGCCGAGAUCGCAGGUCUUGUUUAUUACCUCUACACUCAUGAAGAAGGAAUAGUUGUAUCAGUUCAAGGUUAUAAUGAUAAGUCACCUCUGCUCCUCCGUAAAGUUGUUGAAAAGUUGAAAUCAAUUCAAAUUGAUCCAAAUCGAUUUCAAAAAAUAAAAGAAGAAUUAAAAAGGACAUAUGAUAAUCGUUCACUUGAUUCUCCAAAUUAUCAAGCCAUGUAUUAUAAAAGGUAUGCAAUCAUACAAAAAUUAUGGACACAUAAAGAAAAAAGUAAAUUAUUAGAGAAAAUCAAAUAUGAGGACGUACAAAAAUUUUAUCCGACAUUAUUUGAUCAAGUAAUGUUUGAGGGGUUUAUUCAUGGAAAUAUGAGUCGAAAAGAUGCGUUAGAUAUGAUUAAAAUUUUAGAGGACACAUUGAAACCAUCUGAGGAAAUUUUGAAAUCACAAUUGAUUGGAAAUAGAAGUGUGUGUAUACCUGAUGGAAAAAAAUUCGUUUACACAAUGGAUGUUCCGGAUGAAAAAGAAAUUAACAGUGCUAUAGAAUAUUAUGUACAAAUUGGUGAUGUAAUGGACAGAGAAUUGAGAGCCAAGUUGGCACUAGUAGGGCAGAUUUCUGAAGAACCUUCUUUUGAUCAACUUAGAACUAAAGAACAAUUGGGGUAUUUGGUAUGGAGUAUGACAGAGGAAAUAACAGGUUCAAUGGCAUUCAGAAUUGUUAUUCAGAGUGAAAAAGAUCCUAUUUAUUUGGAAAAUAGGAUCGAAGAAUUUUUAACUAAAUUAGAGAAAAUAAUUGAAGAUAUGUCAGAAGAAGAGUACCAAAAGCAAAUAGCUUCUUUGGUCAGUAAGAAAUUGGAAAAACCUAAAAAUUUAUGCGAAGAAAGUUAUAGAUAUUGGUACUAUAUCGGCUCUGGAUAUUAUGAAUUUAAUAAAGUUGAAACUGAUGUAUCAAACAUACGUAAGAUCUCAAAGGCCGAACUUCUAGAAUUCUACAAAACCUAUAUUAAUCCUUGCUCACGUGUUCACAAAAAACUUUCUAUACACUUAAAAUCCAAAAAUCUUGAAUUAUUAAAACGGUUUAAUUUAAUUGACAUUAAAAAGUUGCAUGAACUUAUAUCUUCUCAAGGAUUCGCAAUUAUUACGGAGGAAGAAUUAAAGGGUGCUAUUGAUAUAUUGAAGGUUCAAAGAUAA